AUGCAAGAGUUCGACAUCGAGAUUCAGGAUAAAAAGGGGACGGAGAAUGUAGUUGCGGACCACCUCUCUAGGCUUGAGAAUCCGGAAGCAAUCCCAAUCGGAGUGGAGAUUAAUGAAAAAUUCCCGGAUGAAAUGUUGAUGGUAAUCUCGGAAGUUGAGACACCUUGGUAUUCGGAUAUAGCUAAUUACUUGUCUUCAAAUAUCAUGCCACCGGAUCUAUCACACCAUCAAAUGAAGAAAUUUUUGAGUGAUGUGAAACGUUUCUUGUGGGAUGGACUGUAUCUCAUCAAGAUAUAUGGUGAUGGGAUGAUUCGGAGGACCGCCGUUAGAGUGUUGGAGAGUGGUUUCUUUUGGCCAACACUAUUCCGGGAUGCUAAGGAUUUUGGCAUAGACUUUAUGGGACCAUUUACGGUUUCAUUUGGGAAUAUGUACAUCUUGGUUGGAGUCGACUAUGUUUCUAAAUGGGUAGAAGCGGAGGCUUUACCUACAAACGACACCAAGAUAGUCUUGAAUGGCGAAGUGGAGGUCUUCAAUUGCGAGUUGAAGCGGAUCCUAGAAAAAACGGUGAAUGGGACUCGAAAAGAUUGGUCUCUCAAGUUGGAUGAUGCCUUAUGGGCCUACCGCACGGCAUUUAAGACACCACUCGAACACAAGGCUUAUUGGGCGAUUAAAAAGUUGAAUUAUGACUUCAAGGAGGCGUGUGAGAAGCGUUUGUCGCAACUCAAUGAGUUGGAUGAAUUCCGAUUCGAUGCUUAUGAUAAUGCCAAGCUUUACAAAGAGAGAACAAAGAAAUGGCAUGAUGCUCACAUUUCGCCGAAAUCUUUUGAGGUAGGAGCCUUUGUGUUCUUGUACAAUUCAAGGUUGUGGUUCUUUCCCGGAAAAUUGAAAUCUCGGUGGAGUGGACCUUUCAAGAUUCGGAGCGUGGCGAAUCAUGGUGCCUUGGAACUUGAAAAAUAA